UUACAGAAAUGGAGGAUUAGUAGUUGCCAAGGGAAGUGGGUGUAGCUAUAAAAGGGCAAAUGAGGGCUCCUGGAAAUAUGGAAAUGUUCUGUAUCUUGACCAUCAACAUCAGCAUCCCGGUUGUGAUACUGUGAUACAGUUCUACAAGAUGUUAUCACUGGAAGAAACUGGGUAGAGUACACAGGGUUUUGCUGUACUAUAUAUUACAACAUACGAAUCUACAAUUCAUAUGGGCUUCCCUGCCCCUCCUGCCUAACACCCUCCAGUGGUUUUCCACUGUUCUUAAACUAUCAGAUCCUGGAUCCUAUGAUCUAGUCCGCCUCCCAGGAUCGCUAGGUUUCCUUCAGGCUUUCUGUGGUCCAUCAACACUGGCAUUCUUUCAGUUCUCACACCAAACCUACUCCUGUAAUCCACUAGAAGGCUUUUGUAAACACUGUUCCCAUCCGUACUGUGCGUCCCUCUCAUGUUCUCUCCGAUUUCCACUAUUUAACUCAUAAUUAGCCUUCUGACCUCAGAUGAACUCUCAGAUCCUUAGGACGACCUUCCCCAACCUCUUUUAAUCAAAAUUUCCUAUAAGUUCUUGCCUUCUUUCCUCCACAUCCACGGCCGCACUUUUGCAUUUGAUUGAAUGAUUACUUGAUUAAAUAGGUAGUUCUACAAGGAGAGGAACUGUAUCUGUUAAUGUCACUGCAAAGCUGCUAACUCCGCACCUAGAACGCUCAGUAAGGACGGUGGUUUUGAAGGCUUGAAUGAAAACGCCCAGCCUUGCGCGGAGGUCCUUGGGCCGCAGCGUCACACUGGUGCCGCGCGUGGUAUGCGUCACUUCCUCCCGGAAGACACUUUCUCCGGGAACCACUCAGAUUCCUGUCACUUCUCAGGAUCCCUCUGUGGUGGCCAUGGCUCUGCCACCUUUCUUCACCCCGGGUCGCCCCGGCCCGCCGCCCCCGCAGCCGCCGCCUCCCGCUCCCUUCGGCUGUCCGCCACCGCCACUACCUUCCCCGGCCUUCCCGCCGCCUCUUCCCCAGCGGCCUGGCUCCUUUCCGGGGGCCUCCGCCCCCUUCCUCCAGCCUCCGCUGGCUCUGCAGCCCCGGGCCCCCGUGGAAGUCUCCCGCGGGGGCGGUGGAGGUGGCGGCGGCGGCUCCUUCUACCCGGUACCGCCACCGCCGCUGCCUCCGCCGCCGCCCCAGUGCCGCCCCUUCCUAGGGAACGACGCCGGUGAGCGCCCGCGGCCGCCGCCUCCAGGCCCGGGGCCGCCCUGGAGCCCGCGCUGGCCUGAGGCACAGCCGCCGUCCGACGCGCUCGGGGACGCGGCCUUGCAGCGCCUGCGCGACCGGCAGUGGCUUGAGGCGGUGUUCGGCAUCCCGCGGCGGGCCGGCGGCUCGGUGCCCCCGCGCGCGCCCGCCGGGCCCAGCCUGGGCGAAGUGCGCGCCCGGUUGCGGGGUGCCCUGCGCCUGUUGAGGCGGCUGCGCGACUUGGGCCAGGCCCUGCACGAGGCCGAGGCCGACGGCGCGGCCUGGGCGCAGCUGCAUGCGCAGGCGCAGCCGCUGCGCGCCGAACUGGCCGAGCGACUAGAGCUGCUGACCCAGGCCGCCUACGUGGGCGAGGCGCGGCGCAGGCUGGAGAGGGUCCGGCGCCGCCGGCUGCGGCUUCGCGAGAGGGUCCGGGAACGCGAGGCCGAACGGGAGGCUGAGGCCGCGCGGGCAGCAGAGCGCGAGCAGGAGAUUGACCGCUGGAGGGUCCAGUGCGUGCAGGAGGUGGAGGAGAAGAAGCGGGAGCAGGAACUUAAAGCUGCUGCUGAUGGUGUUUUAUCUGAAGUGAGGAAAAAACAAGCAGACACCAAAAGGAUGGUGGAUAUUCUCCGGGCCUUGGAGAAAUUGAGGAAGCUUAGGAAAGAGGCUGCGGCAAGGAAAGGGGUCUGUCCUCCAGCCUCAGCAGAUGAGACUUUUGAGCAUCACCUUCAGCGACUGAGAAAACUCAUUAAAAAGCGCUCUGAACUCUAUGAAGCUGAAGAGAGAGCCCUCCAAGUUAUGUUAGAAGGAGAACAAGAGGAAGAGAGGAAAAGAGAAUUAGAAAAGAAACAGAGGAAAGAAAAAGAGAAAUUUUUACUUCAGAAGCAUGAAAUCGAGUCCAAGUUAUUUGGGGAUCCAGGUGAGUUCCCGCUCGCCCAUCUCUUGCAGCCUUUCCGGCAGUAUUACCUCCAAGCUGAGCACUCCCUGCCAGCACUCAUCCAGAUAAGGCAUGAUUGGGAUCAGUACCUGGUGCCAUCUGAUCAUCCCAAAGGCAGCUCCAUUCCUCAAGGAUGGGUCCUUCCCCCGCUCCCCAGCAACGACAUCUGGGCAACCGCUGUUAAGCUGCAUUAGUAAAGAUGUCACAGGAGUGUCGUCCAGCCAAGGCUCUUUUCAACUCUAAGUAUCAGUGAUGCUGCCAUCUUGUGAUACAGAGCAAACUCCAUGUGGCAUUGCCCUACCGAGAAGGUACAUUUUCCUUCCGUCCUCUGUCUCAUCUAGAGGUGCCUCUUGAAUCGGGAGAUUAAUACGAUUCUUCAAGAAAAGACCCAGGUGGACUGAGGUUAUCAUGACAGGCACUGGCCUUGGUUCACCGAAUUUGCCUCUGUUUUGAGGGGCUUCGUCUAGAGUGACUUGCAAGUUUACUUGUACCUUUCUUGCGUGGUAAUGGGUAAGUACACUAUACACGCAUAUCCUCGACACAGGUGUGCUCUGGGUAGAUUAGCAGUCCUUCCCCCAGUACUGCUUGUUAAGGUAAGCUUGAUGCAAAAUCUCCUUACCUUUCUUACCCAAAGACCCUCCUAACUUCCAGGAAGAAAAGUAAGGAAGGCUUUAUCUUCAGUUUUGUGAAUUCUACUUUUGGUGCAGCUGGAGAGGCUAGGCUGCCAGAAAAGCUGGUGGCCUCACUGCUAGUAUGUGGAGAACUUGGAAAGCCUGCCGAGUGCUUAUAUCCAAACUGGAUUGUGUUUUAAUGGAUGCUGGCUGCAUGUCCCCCAUGUUAGAAGGAUCCUAAUGAAAGCACCUGCUUCUUAAGUUCCUAAAGGUCUGGUUGUUCAGAAUCCCCAGCGAUAAAAAUUAAUUUCCUUAUGGGAUUGCGACCCUGAUCAACUUCACUCAGUCACCCUGUGGGAGCCAGUAGAGUGGAAAUUGUGGAAUUUUCUUAGGAACUCAAGCUUCCAAAAAUAUAUACGUAGUUGAAGUGGGGGGCAAGGGGGAAGUGGAUUGAAAUAAUAAAAUUUAUUUUUUAUAUUCAUUAAUAAAUGCUGUUGUGCCUGGAGAUGACCAAUCAUA